AUUAACCGUCAGGUCAACAAUUUUGGCGGCACAGCUCAAAGUCUCGGCCGUUCCCGGUGGCCUCAGAAGAUCACAAGAACAUCAAAAUUGUCCCCAUCAAACAAGUAUAAACCAGGUCCAAGCUCCAAUUUUUCCCCUCUUUUCUCCAUGUCAUCUUCACCACAGUAUGUCAAAAGAGACCUGAUCUUUGAGGGAGACAGCGGCUCUGAGAAAAGCAUCAGCCGGCCGCGAAAGGUCGGAGGUCGCCAGAUUACAGCCAGAUCAGAGAAUUUUGAGCCGCUCAUCUCCAUCUUCAUGGCCGUUGUUCAUGUUGGUACUGCCCUUCCUGCCGAACACCCGAUUCUCCCGCCGGAGCUUCCUGUCGAUUUCCAACUCGUCUACGGCGGCCUACAAAAUCCCCAUUUAGAUUCAACAGGGAGAGCGGCGAUUAGAGGGUUUCUCCGAUUUUUUUCCGGCGAUCGAUCCAGGAGGUUCAACAUGGGUAAGUUAGGGCAUGAGAAAAUAAUGAGAAUCGUCCUGUCGAGAACAAAAAAGAAGAAGAGAAAUUUGAGUAAA